ACCUGACCAGACUGUGGAGCAGCUAUUACUGAAAACAAGUGACUAUACACACACACACACACACACAACGAAAGCGAAGGGGAGACUCUUAUUUUGAGGAAAGUCAAAAGAAACAUUUAAAACUAUGGAGAAACAGGAGCAGCCCACGUGGGGAAUGGGCCUGCUAAAGACCUUUGACUCUGACGAGUUUGCGAGCUGGGAAAAAGUUGGAUCCGGUGGAUUUGGACAGGUUUAUAAGGUCCGUCACGUUCAUUGGAAAACAUGGCUGGCUAUCAAAUGUCCCCCGAGUCUUCAUGUGGAUGAGAAGGAGAAUGCAGAACUGCUGGAGGAAGCCAAGAAAAUGGAGAUGGCAAAGUUCCGCUACGUGCUCCCAGUGUACGGUAUCUGCAAGGAUCCAGUGGGACUAGUCAUGGAGUACAUGGAGACUGGUUCAUUGGAAAAGUUGCUGGCCUCAGAAAUAUUACCUUGGGAACUACGCUUCCGUAUCAUCCAUGAGACGGCAGUGGGCAUGAACUUCCUUCACUGUAUGUCUCCACCUCUGUUACAUUUGGAUCUAAAGCCUGCCAACAUACUGCUGGAUGCACACCAUCAUGUCAAGAUCUCAGAUUUUGGGUUGGCAAGGUGGAAUGGAUUGUCUAACUCGCAGGACAUCAGCAUAGAUGGUUUCUGUGGUACAAUCGCAUACUUACCUCCAGAACGUCUCCGACAGAAGAGGAUUUCUGAUAUUAAACAUGAUGUCUAUAGUUUUUCCAUCGUCAUCUGGGGAAUUUUAGCACAGAAGAAGCCCUUUGCAGCUGAAACGAACAUUCUGCACAUCAUGGUCAAAGUUGUCAGCGGACUUCGUCCCGAGUUAUCAGCAAUUCCGAAGCCCAGGCCUCCAGCAUGUAAGAGUUUACUAAAGCUGAUGCAGCAAUGCUGGAACGAGGCCCCGACUGAACGCCCAACAUUUCAAGAAAUCACAUCAGUAACUGAAGAACUUAGCACCAAACCCCAAGAAAUAGCGCAAGAGAAACCAGAACAGUCUUUAGUUUCUGGCCAAACACGUGAAGCCACCAGAAAGGGGUCCGUGGUAGAAGCUGAGCAGCCCGUUCAGAAGCGGCUGUCUAAGCAGGUGUCCAAUAGUGAGGAAUGUAGCCUCUCCCAGCUGCUCUCCCAGUUAGACUCUGGCAUCUCCCAGGACUUCGAGUCCGCUGGCAACGAAUGCCCAUCGGGCAGGGAGGUGGGCGACAGCAAAAAGCGCCUGUCGGGCAUCUCGUCCAUCGACUCUGCAUUCUCAUCCCAGGGGUCCAUAUCAUUGUCAUUCGGGAAGGACGCUGCAGGAAGUGAACAAUCAAUCUCCAACAUACCAAAGAAAAAACUCUAUGAAGCCAUUGUAUCUGGAGAUGUCGGGAAGCUGAUGAAACUCCUUCAGCCUCAAGAUGUGGACCUGGUCUUGGACGAUGGUAUGAGCCUCCUUCACUACGCUGUUCAGCUGGACAAUGAGGAAGCGGUCCGGUUGCUACUGUUGUACAAUGCCAACCCGAAUGUUGCCAACAAGCGAGGCUCAACACCCCUUCACCUGGCCUCCGAAAAGAACCUCAAGGUCAUAGUGGAGCUGCUUCUGGGGAAAAAAGCGAACGUGAAUGCCAAGGAUGAAGAUCAGUGGACUCCUCUUCACUUUGCAGCACAGAGUGGUGAAGAAACUCUCUUGAGGCUUCUCCUGGACAGGAAUGCCUCAACAAAUGAGGUGGACUUUGAGGGUCGGACCCCACUCCAUGUUGCUUGCCAGCACAGCCAUGAGAAUGUGGUGCGUGUUCUUCUGAGCCGAGGGGCCAAUGUCCAAGCCAAGGGAAAGGACAACUGGACACCCUUGCAUUUUGCUGCCUGGCAAGGUCACCACAUGAUCACAAAGCUUCUCAUCAAGCAGGCCAGGGCAAACAAGGAAGGGGUGACGGCUGAUGGUAGAACCCCACUUCAUCUGGCAGCCCAGAGGGGCCAGUACAGGGCAGCUCGUAUCCUGCUGGAAUCCAAGGCCAACGUGCACAAGAGGACCUCGAGCUGCCAGACGCCACUGCACCUUGCUGCCGAAAACGGGCACACCAGCACCUCCAGGCUUCUGAUCAAACACGGCGUGGAUGUCAACGCCACAACGGUGGAGGGGUGGACUGCUCUUCACCUGGCCUCUGACCGAGGUCACCUGCCCACCGUAAAAAUGUUGAUAGAAGAGAAGGCAGAUGUUGAGGUGAAGGCUUCCCUUCAAAGGACAGCUCUCCACCUGUCUGCAGAUAAAGGACACACUGAAGUGGUGAGGGAGCUGCUUAUCAGCAUGGUCAAUAUAAAUGUGACAGAUGAUGAAGGGUUUACACCCUUGCAUUUGGCAUUGAGAUCAGGACAUUCAGUUACAAUAGAUGUCCUUCUGGCUCAUGGGGCGGAUAUUAAUUUGCAUAUGCUACAGACGCAAUUAAGCCUGUCACAGGAAAUUAGGAGCAACUUCCUCGAUGAUGCCCUUCAGAGCCUAACAGAUUUGGAUGUAGAAGUAUUGUGAGGGGUUGCCGAAACUCAGGAACAUUGGCAUCACAACUAAAGUUCUGAUCCUGCUGAGAUUAUCUCCAUAGGGUUGUCUGAGAUGAGGAAAUGCUUCAGCAGUGGAGAAACUCUUUUGAAGGGAACUGCCCAUUGAAUGGGCUUGAACAGGAAGCUACCUGAGGAACUUCUGUCAGCUUGCUAAGAAUGUGGAGGACAAAUCACAGGGAAUGCUGUGGAUUGAUGCUUUGUUAGACCUUUCCACACCCUCCAGGUACAGUCCAGUGGGAUCUUUUGCUGAUGGAGAAUCCAUUGUACCCACUACCUGUUGAAUUGCUGGAUUAACAGCGCAUCUAUCAUAACAUGCUGUUAUUUCUGAAGUGUAUCUUUUACACCACUCUCAUAAUUUGUAUGCACCUUGUUUAUGAUCAUGAAUAUUGCUGAGUGGGAUCUCCAAAGCUUUAAUCUGCAGGUCCUGUGAGCUUUAUUAAGUUGGAUAUGACCCUCAUGGAUGAUUAACAGAUCUCAACUACGAUUAAGUAAGGAAAGUAUCUGCUGAACUAUUGAAGCAAAAAUGACAAGCAGCACUUGAUCAGAUAACUUCACAUAGGAUGCACAGUUAAUGGAAUAAUGUACAUUGUCUACUUCUACACUUGUGUACAUACAUUUGUUGUAACAUUUAUCUAAUGUGUUUUGUUGAAUCUUAAAUACAAUUUGAUUUUUUUUUCUUUUUUGCCUUCGAUCCAUAAACAAACUGCUUGUUGAGAAUAUGUAGUUAACCAGUCUAUAAUAUCCAAAGCCUUUCAACUACAUAAUCUGUCAGUGGGAAAAUAAUUAAAUGCCAUAUUAUUUGUACUGGAUUAUAUUGACCUUUGUGAUCAUAGAUAACUUUACUUCAAUACAUUAUUUCCCUAUUGCGACAGCAUUUUUUUGCUUCAUGUAAUACAAUUGUCAAGAAUUUUAUAUUAUAAAGGAAAAUAAUACCAAAGUGGGAAUCCUAUAUAGAUCUUGGUAAUCCUAUCGUAAUAGACUAGUUAACGUUUUUUCUUUGUUACAUAGUUGAUACAAGAGCCAUUUCAAAUGAAAACAUACAAAAUCUCUCAUGUUUUGCAGUAAUAGUCAUUCAAUAUUCUUAUCUGUAAGAGCAAUGAGAUUUUAAAGAUUCUUCAUGGAACCAAAGGAAAAGGGAGAAAUAUGUUAGGUGGGAGUAUGCCGUUGUGUCCCUUGGGCCCGAUGUCAUUAAUAUUUGAACUGUGCUGCCAUUUACUUUAAAGACUUGUCCUUAGUGCCAAGUAACAAUUUUUUUUAAUGAUUACAAUAUUAGAUUAAUGCUACUAUAAAGUUCCCCAGUGGCCAGUGUGACACAGAUUUUAAGUGCAACCACAAUUUAGAUACUUCUAGAAAAAUUGCAGCUUAUUCCUUCUUGUCUUGAAUGAUAAAUUUAAAAGCAGUUUAUAAAUAUGCUGCAUUAUCAAAUUAACUUUUAGAAUGUAUCUUUGGAAUGUUUCUACCUAUAAGAUUAAUAUCUGAAAGGAAUGUGUCUUCAAUAUACCAUAAACCCAAUUUAUCAGAAUAAUAAGACAAUAUGCAGGGUGUAAAACCUCUUAGUUGGGGUGAAAAAUGUUUGUGGAGGAGAAUGUUAACAAGAAGUUACAAAAACUCUGAGGAAAUAUGUGUCUCUUUAAACGUGAACUUUAGCAUGAAUAUUUCCAAGUUAGUGAUAAUUCAAUAUGACCUUGUGUUAACCUGGGUAUCUGAGAAGAAUGUCCUUCUGCAAUGGCCUGUAUCUGAUUGGCUGACUUCAUUUGGAAUAUUCUACUGACUGUAGCUGUUAAACACACAGUGAUCAAAUUUCUGACUUGUUUCAUUCUUAGCCAUGUUGAUGGACACGUUCUGGGUAUAAGGUGGAGUACUCUGUGGGUGUUAGAAAAUACAUCAAUAUUGUGCAUCGUAUUUUAAAGUGUCUCAGGUGGUGUUGAUUUUCCCUUUAAUUUUCCAGUUAUCUUAAUUGCUAUGCGAUUAACGGAAAUGUGUACGCUUUAGUACAUUUUAGAGGUAACGUUUGCUUUGUAUUGUUAUAGACUGCUAGUUAUUCUCAUUGUAACUAACAACAUUGUUAUUUCAUUAAGACUACUAAUAAAGCAGAAUUAUUAGUUGCAA